CCUUUCAUCCUGCCAUGGCGUGCGUUAAGAUUUCCGUUCUUGUAUGGUAUAUGGGCCUCUUCCAGACGCGAGGUUUCAGAGUGUCAUCCUGGAUAUUGAUAGUCAUCUCCGUUCUUGGGUCUAUAGCAGGUUCACUGGAGGGUAUCCUGCACUGCCAUCCAGCUUCCUACUUCUGGGACAAAACCACUCCCGGGGGCUAUUGCGACGACCUGUUUCGUCCUCUGUUGAGCGCCGCCCUGGUGGGUGUAGCCACAAAUAUCUGCAUUUUGCUUCUGCCUACAUACGUACUGUCUCAGCUGAAGAUCAGUAGGGGAAGAAAGAUAGCGGUGACCAGCGUAUUUUUGCUCGGUGGAGUGUAAGCCUCUUCACCACUCCCGGCCUUCU